AUGGAGCUUAGUCGCUUUGGAUGUCCGGAUUGUUUGAUGUGGCAUUUUACAAAAGAUGGGAUCUAUACUGUAAAGUCGGGGUAUCGGGUGGCAGUGGAGUUGGAUUCCAAUGGCCUCCUUGGAAGACGAGGGGAUGGAGGAACUAGUGUUGAUAGAGGAGGACGACGGCUAUGGAAAUCAAUCUGGGAAUUGAACGUGGCGGGCAAGAUUCGUCGCUUCAUCUGGAGAUGCUGUCGGAACUAUUUAGCUGUGCGAUGUAAUUUGAGGCAGCGGGGUAUGCAGAUUGAUUCGGCGUGCCCAUCCUAUCAGCAACCCAACGAGACGGGGGGGACCUUUGCGGACAUAUGGUUGGAGUUGUGUGAUCGUUUUGCACAGGAGUCUGGGAGGGAUGAACUGCUGAGCUCCAUUGCAUACGGGCUCUGGCGGCUAUGGAAGUGCCGAAACAAUCUGACUAAGGAGACGACACCUAUCCAAGGAGGUGGCGGAGAACAUCGAAGCAUGGGCACUCAACAAUGGUCCUGCCCUUCGAUGGCUUUUGUUAAAAUCAAUUGUGACGGGGCAUGGACGUCAGAAACGUUGCGUGGUGGGUGGGGCUGGGUGAUACGUGAUGAAGCUGGGGUGUUUAAAGGGGCUGGGGGUGAAGGGUGCGAUGCGGCGCUGCAAUAG